AAUUGUGACCCUUCACGAUAUUCACAUCAGUAUCAAUUAGAAAUCUGGCGCGUUUUUCAUCCAACAACUGGGAAUAGCUGUACAUUGGAUAUCCCUGUUUGGAAUGGCUCGUAGUGCAGAAAAGGCUAUGUAGGUUUUUAUGACCUAUAUUCGGAGUACUUUUCAGGACUGCACUCGCUCGAUGGAGAGCAGUUUAUGUGGAUCGUGUUCAAGAGACGAAGAAAAGGCCAUAUAUCGCUUCUGAGUGCACCGGGUUGAAAGAUUCUCUGUAUUACAGACGCCAAAUCGUCCAUGAAAUAUCUCGAAAAAUAGCUCAAAUACAGAAUCCUAGCUUAGGUGAAUAUAAACUAAGGGAUUUGAACGAUGACAUAAACAAGCUUAUUCGAGAAAAAUCCCACUGGGAAGACCACAUAAAAAACCUUGGGGGUCCUGACUUUAAAGUAUAGUGGUAUUUUUUACACUAGAGUGCAGGCAGAAGCACCGAAAAUGCUUGAAAAAGAGGGGAAAGAAGUUCCUGGCAAUAGAGGCUACAGAUAUUAUGGAGCAGCUCGUGAUCUUCCGGGAGUGCGCGAAUUAUUUGAAGAAGAUCGUAAGUCGAUAUUCGAUUCUUUUAUUGUUUUUGAGAAGCCAUAUAUUACCAUCGUUCAGCUUUCUUUAAUUACAUCCUCACAAUUGUACCAACCAAGGUAGCAGAAACCAGCCAAUAGUUACAUGAGAUUUUGCGUUACAAAACAAUUUGACAGAACUGUGUAUGUUUAGGCUAUUAUCUUUCGUUCCUAUGAUUCGAUCUAAGCUUCCGUUUCAGUUAGGAAAAACACAAGGCUAGGUGACCUGUGUUAAUCAUGGCAAUAGUGACCUCUUACUUGAUCUACAUUUCUUUCGAAAGCGUUGACAGAUAGAACGUCAAUCACGGAUUGAGGUAAAAAAUUCCAUUCGUUGAUGAUUCUAUGGGAAAGUCGAUAGUCAUCUGACAAGUAAUUUGUUCUGGGCUUGUGGACCUUUUAGGGUGUGUUGGUAAACUCUCCGUUCUGUAGGACGACAGAAGUAAAAAUAUCAGAUUCAAAUUUAUCAUUAAGUAAUAUAAAAACUGAUUGAGUCACCUCUGGUUCCUCGACAUGACAAGGUAAAUAAAUUUAGUUUAGUCAGUCUAUUACAAUUCGAGGGCUUUGCAAUUCUGGAAAUCAGUUUAGCCAUUGAUUUAUUUAUUUGAACACAAAUAUUGGUACAAGGGGGCACCAAAUAUGUGUGCGCCACACAAAACAAGGAGAAUGGGAAGAGAAAAAGGAAGGUGCGCAUAAGGAAAAAAGAACAAUAGUGACAGAUUAGUGUAAGAUAGUGUCGUAAUAAUAAUAUUACUGAGGGAAACGGAAAGGUACAAUCAAAAGAAAUCUUUCAGUUAAGGAAGAAACAACCACUUUUAUGAAGAAAGUAAAAGGUUACAGCAGGAUCGCCACUGGCUUCUAUUCUGAGCCAUAUCUGAUAACGUCUCUAGCCACUGUGUUGCACCAUCUCUCGGACCCCAACCACGGAGUCGUGAAGGACCGAUACAAGCCAGUCCUUUGUAGCUUUCUUUCAUCCCACGACACCAUGUCAUACACUGACCACCUCUCCGCUUUUUCCAACCAGUCCCAGAGUCGGCAAAUAAUGCACGACGUGGAAUUCUCUGAGACGACAUUCGUAGAACAUGUCCAAGCCACCGAAGUCGGUGUUUCAAGAUGGUGACACCAAUUGAAUUGUCAUCUCUGUGCCCGAACACACGAUGCCGAACCUCUGCAUUACUGACAUGGUGUUGCCACUGGAUGUCAGCAAUCCUUCGGAGACAACGAUGAUCAAACACGGAAAGUCGUCUAACAUCCUCAACUCGGAGAGGCCAGAUUUCAUAAGCGUAGAGCAAAACUGCUUUCAUCGACGCGUUGUAGAUCCGACCUCUUACAGCCAGACUAACAUCACGAAGGCGCCAAAGAUGGCCCAGAUUGGCAUAAGCCGCUCUGGCUUUCACUAUACGUGCAUUGAAAAAAAAACGAUACUCUUGUUGAAUACUUUAACUGAUAUAAAUUCAAUUAAAGCGAAAACAGUAGUCUUAAUCCGUAAUAAACGAUGAAAGCAAUAAAAUUAACUUUGUGAUAAAAAAAAUACCACUGUCCUUUUAAAAUAGCUAAUUAGACUUGACUGCAUUUACUCUGCCCUCGAUUGUUACAGUGACUUAAGGCUAAUUUCAAUCUCAAGUUAGUACUACCCAGCUAGACUUGCUACCGUAUACUUAUUAGGAAAUAAUAUGGUAGUAUUACUUUAGACCACGUAGUAAUAUAAUUUUAUGUCUUCAUGUGGAAUACUAGUCUUAUGAUAAUCUUGCUGGUAAGGUUGGGUAUUUUUAAAACCAACAAACGGUUUGUAUGUCAUCGCAUAAUGAAUGUUGGGGGCUUCAUGAUGUAUUUGUAUAUGACUGAAAAAUACUGUUUGGUGUUACAUUGCCUUGGUUACUGGCUUCUAAUCAAUCGGAGGGAAUUGACUGUAGUUUACUAGAUGAAGUAAUUGAAUUACGACCAACCAUAAAUCUGGGCUUACUCAGUAUCCUUAAUUAGCUGGUUUUAGGCAUACUAAACAAUAACAGUCGUAGUUGAGUACAACAAUAAUAAACCAUUAGAGAAAAAAACUAAAAUUAUCUUUAUAAUAAGGCCAGAAGUGAUAGAAAAUUAUGCGAAUAGGUUAAGACCAUUUGAGACUUGUAUCACAGCAUAUACUGAUCAGUUGUCUAGAAUCACGAACUUAAUAUGUUUACAAUACUGCAGCAUUUGGAAUAACGGCAUCUCAAGUCUUCAGGCGCUUAACUCAUGUUUCACAAAUAGUAUUUGCGUGGGCAGGUAGAACUAACUAUUUUAUGGGUUGGUGUGUUAACCUGACCACUCUGGAGUUUCAUCUAUUAAUUGAAUCCUCCAACAAACAUAUUACGGAGGAAAGUGGUGGUCAAAUUGUCUAUCAUUUCGCAACUUAAAGUAAAUGCUGGUCAUUAUCGUACGCAACGUAGAACUUAAAAUUUACAUCGUCACAACUUACCUUAGUGUAUACCGAGAUAAAAUUAUUUCGAGACAAAUCCGAGUACUGAAAGUAACAACAAAAUCUUUAGUAGUAGAAAUAUAACCACUUAUGGAUAUAGAAAAAGGUGUAGGGAGAUUUCGUAACCAACGUUGUAAAGGAAGAUCAGGAGCAAAUGUACCUCCGCCAUUGGAGAUCCAUGUCAAUCAAAGUCUCUAACCAUUGGCUACAAUAAUCACGUGGACCCAAACCAGAUAGUUCACAUGCGUUAACAUGGUUCAGUUCGAUCGGCACUGAAUUCGCAGAAUGGUGUCGUGUCUUGGUUUGGCUACCCUCAGCUUUCUUCCAGCAUACUUCUACACUAGAGAACGUCGCCCGUGGACAUAGGUGAUAGUUGGGCAUACGUAACACAUGUCUCAACCAUCUUCUCCUGAUUACAAUAUCAAGGUAGCAAAUACGUCCGAAAAUGCUAGUUGAUAACAUCUGAUAACCUUUAUUCACCUCACACAAAAACGCUACCGUCUUUAUUGACUUACCACUAAACUUUGAUUAAUCUUCUAUUUAAAGACCAGUUUAUAUUCGGUAGACCAUUAGAUCUAAGUUUUGUUCCAGUAUCGUUAAUUUUUCAACGUGUUUGAUGAUAUCUACUUAUACCCCUCAUAAAGAUAUUGUAAGAUCUUGAAUUUUGGAAUAUGCUGUUUAGUUAUUAAAAGCAAAGGCUAAAGUUCUUAUGUAGACAUAAUAGUUAUAGUAUUGACUAAAACGUUUUUGUAAGCUUUGUUACUUGUUAUAAUGCUUACUGUUUUUUUAGCUCAACCAGUAGCUAGGAAAUCUAGAGGCGAGUUAAUGAAGCUAGUUGACGUAUCGUAUUAUGGUAACUGUGAUGAAGAUGAUGGUGUAAUUGUACCUCAGGAAGCUGUUUAUGAGCAAGAAGGUAUCGAGAUGUCUUUUAAUAUUUUGGGUUUUGUCCAGCUAUUGCGCAUAAAAUUGCUGAGUGGAAAUAUCGUAAAGCAUCUGACUCUCAACCAGGAUAUUCAUGCAAGCCGCUCGGGGAUGAAUUUGAUGAACUAGAUGAGGAUAAUGCGGAUACCAGAAACAUAUAUGACGUUGGUGACAAUGUAAGUAUAUUCGGGGUAUGGGCGUUCGAUAUUCACUUAUAAUAUGACAAUUAAUCACAAGGGCUCAUCAUCUUAAUAUGCUGUGUUUCUAGCUGUAAUUAAUUUUCCAUAUAAUUGCCGUAAACAUAUUUCUGUAAACGCAUAUACCUUUAUUUCUUCGGGAUACUGACAAACUCAACGAAUUCAAGAUAGUCCUCAGCAAUAAGUUCCAGGCCUUUCAUGAUCCACUCAAUGGAGAAGGAACUACUAUGGAGAGCAACUUGAAGGGGAUCAAAAAAGCAAUCACUUCAACAUGUCAUGAGGUUCUGGGCCACAAGAAGCACCAUCACAAGGAAUGGAUCACUGUUGAUGCACUGCAUAAGAUUAAAGAAAGGAGGGACAAGAAGGCAGCAAUCAAUGCCAGCCGGACAAGAGCAGAAAAAGCCAAGGCACAAGCUAAAUACACAGAAGUAAACAAGCAAGUGAAGAGGAACAUCAGAACUGACAAACGUAAAUAUGUGGAAGAACUAGCAAUGACGGCGAAAAAGGCUGCAAGAGAAGAAAAUAUGAGACAACUGAAUGACACAACAAAGAAACUCUCUGGAAAUCGCCGCAAACCAGAAUGACCAGUGAAAAGCAAGGAAGGCGAGGUAAUCAACAACAUUGAAGAGCAACAAAACAGGUGGGUAGAACACUUCAAAGAACUCUUGAAUCGACCAGCUCCAUUGAACCCACCCAACAUCGAAGCAGCACCCACGGAUCUCCCAAUCAAUGUUGGCCCACCAACAAUUGAAGAAAUCAGCAUGGCCAUCAGACAAAUCAAGAGUGGCAAAGCAGCAGGACCAGACAACAUUCCAGCAGAGGCACUAAAAGCAGACGUAGAAGUAACUGCAAAGGCAUUCCGCAUUCUCUUCAGUAAUAUUUGGGAUGAGGAACAAGUACCAACAGACUGGAAAGAAGGACUUCUGAUCAAAAUACCGAAGAAAGGCGAUCUCAGCAACUGUGAUAACUACAGGAGCAUCACUCUUCUCUCAAUACCAGGAGAAGUCUUCAACAGGGUAUUGUUAAACAGGAUGAAGGACUGCGUAGGCGCCCUACUUCGAGACCAACAGGCAGGAUUCCGUAAGGAUAGAUCGUGUACUGACCAAAUCGCAACUCUACGGAUAAUUGUGGAACAAUCAAUUGAAUGGAAUUCAUCACUCUACAUCAACUUCAGUGAUUACGAAAAAGCAUUUGAUAGCGUGAACAAAUUUAUUUAUUUAUUUCAACACAUAGACAAUAGUACAAAGAGGCACCAAAUACAUAUGCGCCACACAAAUCCCAUUCGAUGUGUGUGAGGGCUGUGAUACUGCCCGGGUGCCCAAACCGAAGCAGGUGGUUUUCUUAGGGGGCCACACCCCGAGCCUUCGACCUGAAGGUCUGAUCCACAAGGCAGUGGAGCAUCGUAAGGAGAUGCAGUCCCAUGGAAGCCGGUGACCAACAAUUGGUUCAUACGCCAUUUGUUCCCGCAGGAUACUGGAGCCCAUGUACACAAUCAGUUUUGAAUCCGGUUAAAGCUCCGGACAUUCGCUUUUCGUCCUCUCAUUUUCGUAAACAACACCCCCGCCACGAAAAGGCAGUGAGUAGGACUUCCCUGGCAGAAGCUAUAUACGCGUGGCCGUGUGAGAGUAUUUCGAGAGGGAGAGUGGACUCUCCCCACUCUCGGCCGUACCAGGGUAUUUGGGGGAAGCUUCUCCGAUACUACGGCGUGCCUCAGAAGAUAGUCACUAUCAUACGGAAUUCCUAUGAUGGAUUAAACUGCAAAAUUGUGCAUGGAGGACAAUUGACAGACUCGUUCGAGGUAAAGACCGGUGCCAGGCAAGGUUGCUUACUCUCACCCUUUCUCUUUCUCCUGGUGGUCGACUGAAUCAUGAAGACGUCAACAUCUGAAGGGAAACGCGGGAUACAGUGGGCAUCUAGAAUGCAGCUGGACGAUCUAUACUUCGCAGAUGUUCUGGCCCUCCUAGCGCAAUCGCAACAACAAAUACAGGAGAAAACGACCAGUGUAGCAGCAGUAGGUCUGAAUAUACACAAAGGGAAAAGCAAGAUUCUCCGAUACAACACAGAAUGCACCAAUCCAGUCACCAUUGAUGGAGAAGAUUUGGAAGAUGUAAAAACCUUUACAUAUUUGGGCAGCAUCAUUGAUGAACAUGGUGGGUCUGAUGCAGAUGUGAAAGCGCGGAUCGGCAAAGCAAGAGCAGCAUAUUUACAACUGAAGAACGUCUGGAACUCAAAACAACUGUCAACCAACACCAAGGUCAGGAUUUUCAAUGCAAGUGUCAAGACAGUUCUACUGUAUGGGGCGGAAACCUGGAGAACUAUGAAAGCCAUCAUCCAGAAGGUACAGGUGUUUAUUAACAGUUGUCUAUGCAAAAUACUUCGGAUCCGUUGGCCGGACACUAUUAGCAACAACGUACUGUGGGAAAGAACAAACCAGAACCCAGUGGAGGAAGAAAUCAGAAAGAAGUGCUGGAAGUGGAUAGGACACACAUUGAGUCAAGCACCCAACUGCGUCACACGACAAGCCCCCAUAUGGAAUCCUCAAGGCCAACAGAAAAGAGGAAGACCAAAGAACACAUUACUCCGGGAAAUGGAGAUAGACAUGAGAAAAAUGAACAAAAAUUGGACAGAACUAGAAAGGAAGGCCCAGGACAGAGUGGGUUGAAGAAUGCUGGUCGGCGGCCUAUGCUUCAUUAGGAGUAACAGGCGUAAGUAAGUAAUAUACCUUUAUUUGUUUAAAUUCAUACCUUGAUCUUAAGUCCCUUAGGUUUCAGGUACACUAAAUGGUGUUCAUGGAGCGGUGGCUUAGUGUUUAAACGAUUUAGCUUUCUAAAACUUGGGACUGAAUCCCGCCUCACGUGUUGUGGUUUUUGGAACUGGACAGUAUUAUAUACACGAUUAUUUGAUAACAUUCGUUUUUAUUUUACAUUGCGUGGCUUGUAUAUUUCUUUUUAUUCUCAUUUUCUGUAUUUUAUUUUCAAACUAAUACAACAGCUCACCUAUGGUGGAAAUUCUGUCCUUUCUAACCGGUCUUAAGUCACUGAUUUAUUGACAGUUGAGUGCUACCACCGAAAACGAAUUUUGAAUCAGCCUUCCUGAGACCACGUGUGCCAUUCAAAAUGGCACCCGUCAGCGUCCUCACACUAAUACAGACCGGACAAGUGAUAGAGUUGGGUAUAUCUUUAGGAAGUCCUAACAUCGAAAAAUGUUUUCUAUCCGAUACCCCUAUUCAGGACUAGUAAAGUACGACAAAAUCGCUUUCUAUCAAUCUAUUUGAAACCGCUGCGUUACAUGAGUUUAUUCGAGGAUCCUAUAGCAUGUUUAUCUGGGUUUUUUAAUUUGUGUCUCACUGGUAGAAGCAAUACUAGUCGAUUGGAUCCUCACUGACGGUAUUUAAAUUUGCUGUACUGUAAUCAGUGGGAGACAACGAAGAGGGACUGGGGUGUGUCCCUAUCUUCUCGAAUUCUUACUGAUUGGGUAUUACAUGAACUACAACACUAUCCUUUCAUUUCUAAGAAUUCUGUCUCCAUUUUCUCAGUAUUUUCCCCUAAAAUAUUCAUUUAUCCAACCUAGAAUUAAACAAUUGUUUAAGCGAUUCUUUAACCCCCUGCGUUUAUUAUCUUUUAUUGACCCCACACAAAGUAUAUACAAUUUUGCCUUUUAAAUGCUAAUUUGUUACUAGGUUUCAAGCAACUUUGAAGUGUUAUUUGCUCUCGCAUAAUUUAACAUCUGGAUUGACUUUGUUUUUCUUACACAGCCGGCUGAUAUAGAAUUGAUGCGUCUUUAUGAAGCAAUCGAUGAAAAUAAUGAAGUUGGGUCGAUUGACUUUUCUAAUGCAGAACAAUUAGUAGCACUAAUAAAUGACGACGAAAAUAAAGGUGACUUAGAUGAUCAUACAGGAAGGUCGGCAACCAAAUCUAUGAGUUCUUUAAGCACCACGGUGAAGCGAGCAUUCGUCGCCCAUGUUCCAAUCUACUCACAAGAGCAGAUUGAAGCGGCACUAGUAGCCCAGCGCAAACGUGAAAUUCUUGAGAAAUAUAUGUCUAGUGAUCUGUUAGCAAGUAUGGCACAGACUGGGGAGAUCCUUGGCUUUGAAAAUAGUGAUGAAAUAAACUCAAGUUAUCAAGUUGUAAACGACAGUCAUUUUUCGUCAAUCCCGACAACAGAUUCCAAUGUUAACGUUGACUUGGAUACAAAUGAAGGAGAGAAAAAGAACUAAUACUUUAUUUUGUGGCCUUUAGAAUGUAUAUUUUUGUACAAAUUUCAAGCAUUUAAGUAAU